GAUAUAGUGCUGGUGAUAGAUGGUUCAAUGUCUAUUGGCAUGACAGCCUUCGACUCACUGAAAAGAAACCUGGUUCAAUUUGCUACUGAUCUGCCGGUAAGUGAGAGCGGAAUCAACGUUGGAGUGGUAACCUUCAGUUCUAGUGUGAAUCCAGUUGAUAACAUCAACCUAACAGGAGACUUGAGUUCUCUGUCUACAGCAAUAACAAACCUACCUUAUCCAGAAGGUGGAACUCGAACAGAUCUGGGAAUUGACGAAGGUAAUGAUACAUAG